AUGGCGACCUUUCACCAGCGGUUGGUAGUGUUGCUGCUGAGUAUGCACCUUCUGGUGACGUGCGUCCUGGCGAUCCCAUCGCCGGCGACGGCAAGCGCAGCAGCGGCCAAGCACGAUGACGGGGCGAAACCGACUCUGGACUCGGACACAGGCGAUGAUCGCGAGCUGAAGAGCGAUGACGAUGGGUACGACUUCUUCAUGAUCGAUCAACUGUUCCUCAACAACCCGCAGUACCGCCAGCUGAUCAGCGAUCUGCAGGCGCACACCUUCGGUAGCAACUGGCGCCGAAAGCGGGACGUCUCGGACAGUGAGCUACCGGAUGCGUUCCGUGGUGAGAUCACCGAACCGCCGAGAACCUCGACCUCCGUACCUUCUUCGUCUACCACCAGCUCUUCCAGCUCAACUCCCGUGACCUCUACCACCACCUCGAAUGUUCCAACGUCGGGAACGUCGGUGUCCGCUGCUGCUACUGCUCCGCUUGAUAUCGAAUCGAACCGUGACAUUACCUCAUCCUCCACCAACCUACCGAAGGCGGCCGCACUGACCAGCACCAAGGCGGACGUUUCGACGAAAAGCUCUUCCACGACCAACGGCGGCACCACGACACCGCUCGUGACCUCGACUCCAUCGCGCGGCUCGACCGUCUCCACCAGCGCCUCGUAUGGGUCAUCCGGCUCGACGGAACCGCCAACGGCACGCAACGCAACGCUCGAGAUGACGACGGCGGCCGCACCGAUCCGUGCCAGCACACCGAGACGCCUUUCGCACAAGAACGGUUCGAACAAAAACAAGAACAAACUGUCGUCGACCACCAACAAACCGACCAGCAUACCGGUCGGCCCGAACGCGGUCAACGUGAACAAGGUCAGUGUCAGCAGCAAUGCCGUGGCCAGCAGCAGCAGUAGCAGCGGCAGCAACGCUGGCAGCACCCCGGCACUCCAGGCCGACGCACCGGUAGCGAUCCCGGCGACCGAAAAUGGAACUUCCGCUGGAUUGGCUGGGAACAACAAAGAUAAGGUAGGUCAACCAUGA